AUGAAUUAUAUCACUGGAAACACUCGUAUUGAAGAUGAACGUUUAAAACAAUAUUUUAGUGGUAAAGGGUGUGAGUUAUUAAUUAAAAACCAUAUUACAACUGUUAAUGAUUUUAUUAAAGCACCUUUAUCAAAGUUCGAAGGGAUUAUCACUGACCUUGAGCAAGUUAAAAAAUUACAACUUAAAUUAUCCCUCCAAUUAAUUUCUAGAAGUUAUACUCUCAAAGAUUGGAAAGAUUCUAUUACUGUACAUCCUAUUACAACAGGAAUUAGUGCAAUUGAUAAUGUAUUACCUGAUAAUGGACUAGUUCAAGGAAGAUUUUAUGAUUUUAUUGGAAAUAUUGAUGGACCAAUCAACCAUGUAAUAAUAACUAUUGUAUGUUCUUUUUUAGUUUCAACAAAUGGGGAUGUGCUUUGGAUUGAUACUCUUUCGCACCCUGAUUUUGAUAUUGUUUUUGAUGUCUUGAAUAAUCAAUUUGGAUGUACUGAAACAGAUAUAAUUAAUAUUUAUUUCACUCGUAUUCAUGUAAUUACUAUUCAAUCAUUUUAUAAAUUAGAUAAAUUAUUUGAAAGUAUUAUUAAAGAAACAAAAAGUCAAAUGAUUAUUAUUAAUUCAUUAUCUCAAUUAAUUCAAGGUAAUUUAUUGAUAUCAUCCCCUUUAUAUCAAAAAACAGUCCAAUUCUUAAAUCGUGUUUGUGCCAUUGCAUUCUCUCAACAACUUAUUAUCUUAAAUAUUACAUUCCAACAAAUAGUACUUUAUGAAAACCAAUCACCUCAUUUGGUUGAAACAAUCUUGAAAAAUGGAUAUCCAUCAUUUCCUACAAUGAGAAUUGCAAUUAUGUCUCAAGAUAAUCAAGUUAGUGCUUUACUUAUAAAACCUCAAUUAUUAUUUAAAGAAGGUAUUAACGAAUAA